AUGCCCGACAUGUACACUAUCCAGCCCUGCUCAAAGGCGAGCUCACAAUCUGGAGAGAAAGACUCGACUCUACAAUGUACACCAAAUAUCAUUCCUUGCCGGGUUCACCACGACGGACCAAUUGAUUCGUUGGAUCGGUAUUGGACAGUGAAAGACGAAAAAGAUAACACACAAACGGCACAUUUCCGCGGACGCAAACUUCGAGGUCGGCGCGUCGCCCUUCCUGAUGGCUAUCAAGGUGUAGUUGCAACACCCACAGAUCGUGUGUUACCUGCAGCUCAACAGGCAGACAGUGACGGUGCCGAGGAUGCAGAGGCUGAGCCUGAGGAACCAGUGAAGAUUAUGGAGGUGCAGUCAACCUUUGAUGAGUUUGUAGUAUGGGGGCAUGAGGCUCUUCCUGCGGCAGAUGACACUUUUGUCAAGGGAGUUGAGGAGUGGUUGCAAUUCGCGGACGCGAUGCAUACAACCCCACCAGCAGCGACGAAUGGGAAGGAGACUACUGCUUGA